UCUUCAUCAUAUCCAAAAAAAUUAAAACAAGAAAAUUACAGUCCUCUGAUAUUCUCUCUCUAAAUUCAGUUUCUCUCUCUAAGUUAAGUUUCUCUCUCUUGCGUUGCUUUGCAUUCAUGGCGUCUGUGACGGCAAAAGCGAACUCUGCGAAAGUGACGAAAGCGAAGAAAACGUCUGCUCCGAAGGUGCCUCGAGCACAUCCUCCUUACGUUGAGAUGAUUACGGAUGCGAUUGUGGCGAUGAAGGAGAGGACUGGUUCGAGCCAGUACGCGAUUGCGAAGUUCAUCGAAGAGAAGCAAAAGGCUCAUCUGCCGCCGAAUUUCAAGAAGCUUUUGCUCGUUCAGUUGAAGAAGCUCGUCGCAUCUGAGAAGCUUGUGAAGGUUAAGAACUCGUUCAAGCUGUCUUCGGCGGCGAAGCCUGUAUCAGCCGCUGUCAAGAAGGCUCCUGCUGCGGCGGCGACAGUGAAAGCUCCCGUGAAGAAGACGGUUGUUGCGAAGGCGAAGGCGAAGGCGAAGGCGAAGGCGAAGGCUGUAGGCGGUGCGAAGGCGACGGGUGUUACGCCGGUGAAGACAAAGAAGGUUGCGCCGAAGCCAAAGGCCGUGUCGAAGCCUAAGAAAGCUGCGAAGACAGCGACGGUGAAGUCACCGGGGAAGAAGGUGGCUGUGGCGAAGAAGAAGAAGGCUCCGGCGAGUGCGGUUAAGAAGCCGAAGAGUAUCAAGUCGCCGGCGAAGAAAGCGGCGACGAAGAAGGGGAGGAAGUGAGGAGGUAGUGGUGUGGUGUGCUGUGGUGGUUUGUUAGGGGUAGGGAUGUAGGGUAGUUUUGUAAAUUUGUGGAAUAGUGGGGGUUAGUUUGAAUGACAGUUGCUUUUUUAGUUUGUGUUUUGUUUUUAAUUUGGUUUGUUAACUAAAAGCAGUUUGAUUUAAUUUUAGUAUCUUUAAAAGAGUUUAAACGAGAUGGGGUGAAAUUUCAGUUGUAUGAAGUGCGUGUGUUUGUUUUGGUUUAUUUUUCUAGUGUAGUUUGGAUAUGAAUGAAUGACAAAAUAUGGAAUUUGACUAGUGUUGAAGA